AAGUGUCUCUUUAUUUCCUGUUAACAGAAAGACACCUGCCCAUUGUAACGAAAUCAUGGUUGUUGAAGUAAACGUUGAAGGCUUGGAAGAGUACAAGAAAAAAAUAGAAGAACAUAAAGGAAAAGUAAUCUUUGCCCAGUUUUCUGGAUCAACGGAUUCAGAAGGCAAAAAUUGGUGUCCAGAUUGUGUCGCAGCUGACCCUGUUAUAAAGAAAUGUUUAUCAAGUGCACCUGCUGAUGCAGUGUUUAUCCAUUGUGGUGUAGGGGACAGAACUUUCUGGAAGGACCAAUCAAAUGGGUUUAGAACAGAUCCUGAUCUCAAAUUAAAAAGUGUUCCUACACUAAUGGUUGUUGGCAAGCCACAGAGACUACAAGAAGAACAGUGUGCCAAUGAAGAACUGGUAAAGAUGAUGCUUACUGAUGAAGAUUGAUACUAAGGUUUACAGACAUUCCUGGGAUAAAUUGUCUCUAGCUGUGCACAUUCUAUUCAGAGUGUUUGGUGCUAUCAUGUGACCAUUUAUUUAUUUAUUCAGUGUAAUAAAAUUGCAACAAAUACAGCUGUUUCUUCUCUA